CGGCAACAAGACGCAAAUCCCCUAAGGUUCCUCCCAUCAACCCUUCAUCUUCACCAUCUUACUCCAACAUCAGGGAUGAUGACAGUGACAGUGCCUAUGCUGCGUCACUUGAUGAUGUGGGUGGGCAUGAGAUGCAAAGCUCGCUGCGAAAAAUACGGAACAGUGCAUCGAAGAAGAAAGCAGAACGACUGGAGAAACAGAGCAGUCGCCAGAGUCUCAACUCGUCACCGCCGUUCUCGGAUAACAAUGAAGAGAGUGGCAUUUUCAGCACUUUGUCACAAAAGGAUGAGGAAAAUAGGAAAAAGGGGAAAGGUUCCCCAUUUGAAUCAAAACCAAAACUUGCACGCAACAAUUCCAUCCGAAAGAAGAAUGGAGAUGGAUUUGAUAUCGAAGGAAGUAGCAGCAAUAUCAGCCAAAAUUACAACCCUGCAAGUGGGGUGACGUUCCGAGAAAACCGCAACUCGGAUGUACAGGUAGUGGGGAAAGGAUACAAUGAUGAUUCCUCUUCCACGGACAGUCGGCCAUCAGGCACAGUCAACAACAAGGCAGCUAGGGAUAGACGCAGGGUCACCAAAGGAUCCACUCUCUCCCCCACUUGGUAUGACUUCACCGCACUCAUAUGGCGCCAUUGAAAUCGACGAUGAUAAAACGCCAAGCCAGGAACAUAUCGCCCUCUUCGGAAAGGGGAUGUUUGACCAGCCACCUGCUACUACAGAGUACCCUGUGAGUGGGAUGCAGUCUCGGGACCGACUUGACCGACGCUUGACGGGAGG